AGGGAGGUGGUUUGGAAAGAGGAAAAGCAGUUAGCAAGUGAGAAGAGGGAUAGUAUGUGGGGGACUUGUUAAGAGUGUCCAUCCAUUGCAAGAUGCUGAGUGUAUUAAUUCAUGUUUUGGAACCUCUUUCUCACUAAAGCAGAUAUUUUUUGUUUGUUUUGUUUGGCUUUAGCCAGAUAUAGUUGUCUCCUGUCCUCAUGCCACUGUAGGUGUUGGUUAUUGUUUAUAUGUGCUACACACAAACAUGUUUUCAGGCAUUCAGCCGUCUUGAAUCGGUUGUAGGGUUGAAGAGAAAUCAGGAAAGACUGGUAAGAGAAGAGCAAUAAGAGAAGAACAUGCCUUGCAGUUUACUUUUCCAACAUGAAAAUAUUAGGAUAUCUGAGCUGCCUUGUUAGAUCCAUGGAUUUUUUGGAAGCCGUCUCUGACAAACAGGCCCCAGCGUGAGCGGUUUGGUGCUGUGCACACAGYGGCUCAGCCAGGCAGGGCAGCCUGUGCAGUAGCCCCAGCCACGAGGGCAGAUGGGGCAGUGUCUCUCCCUCCCUCUCUGGGUCUUCAGGUUGUAAUUCCCAGAGCCAAGGAAAAAAGACUGAAUGUUUUCUUGGAACAGAGGACACAGUCMCGAGAACAUGGAUGUUGUUGGUAUUUGCCAGUGCUUUAGCCUUGGAGCAUCCAUAGUCUCUUUUAGCGCUCCAUUUGAUUCCAUGUACCUUAUUUCAGGAAUGAUUUGACUUUUCCGAGAUUGACAUGCCUGUAGGAUAAUGGAAUGAUCUAAUGUGAAAUUAAGCUUCAGGUGUCUGCAGAGUAUAUGAUACUGAAAUAUGUGGCUUGAAUUCCAGUCAGCCUCUUUUUUUAUAGUGAUCCUAUGAACAACAGUGUAUGGAAUGAAAAUAUCUUAUGACUCCAGGAAGCGACUGUGCCACACUUUGGGGAUAUUCUUUGUCUCUCUGAAGGUUUAAUAAGGUGUGAUGAUCAAUUUAGUGUCUCCCAGUAGACCUGGAAGUUGUUCAUUUCAAAAAUAAGACACCAAAUUCCAAGAAUCAAAGUUUCCAAGCAACCAAACCCUGCAAACAAAACUAUCGUAUGUGGUAUUUACAUCUUUGUUGCCUGGGARUCCUAGUGCUGCUAUUCACCUCACCUCAAACAAAGCCCUGAGCAGCUGCCCAUUUCCUUGCAGCUGAGGAAGGACCGAGUCAGAGCCACGCAGAGCCGGGUGCCGUAGCUCCUGACGGAGUGACACGACGAUGAGCAGUCGGGACGUGGUCGCUCUGAGCGUGGGAGGGCAGAGAUUUGUAACCCGGGCUUCKACUUUGCAGCGGUUCCCCCAGUCCAGGUUAGCGCGGAUGCUGAGCAACGAGGACCGUGAGUUUAAACAAGUGAAYGGGGAGUUUUUUGUGGACAGAGACGGAAAGCUGUUCAGUUACAUCAUGGACUUCUUGAGAACUCUUCAGGUCUCUCUGCCCGCUGAUUUUUCCGACUACCAGAGGCUGCGGAGAGAGGCGGAAUUCUAUGAGCUCCACACUCUGGCUGAGCUGCUGGGCCAGGAGCACUUGCUGAAGCCGAGGCAGGAGAUCUUGGAAGUGCGUUUUUUCCUCCAGGAAGCGCAGGCCUUUUUCCGGAUCUUUGGUUCCUGCAGUAGCACCGUGGAGGCCCUUGCUGAGCAGAUCACAGUGUUUACGGACCAGCAGUUGGGACAGAGCUGGAACAGCCCUUUCCCUUCUCAGAAGCCACUUGUUCCGCUGCCUCUGGAAAGACCUUCUCACCACGACUUGGUUUUUCAGUGCGGCACCGAGUUCUCUGCUGGGGACCAGUUUGUGGCCAGAUGUUUCUCGUCUCUUCCUUGCUCUCUCUCUUACACUUGAGAGUUUCACAACAUCACUGACCUUCUAGAAGACUUGACAAACACCGAGUAUGAUGAAGCAAAGCAAAUACAAGGCAAAACAAAACAAAUAAGGGAUGAGCUACUGGAGAAAGACGAGUGAAAUGGCGACUAGUUUAUGGUCUCUUAGGAUUUCAUAUGGAAAAGAGGGAAAAAUAAGGGCUAAACAGGGGUGAAAAACAGGAGUGGAUCUAAGUGGAUCUUCAAGGAUGGGAAAGUUUGUAGUGUCUUUUAUAGGGUGGAGGGAAAAGGGAUAGAAAAACUGUAUGUUUCUCUACUGCUGUGCUGUAAGUWUGUAGGUUUUCUACAGGUUUCUUUCUCAGCAGGUCUCUUUCUGUAGACUUCUUUCUCAGUAGGUUUUCUACAGACUUUAGAGCCUUUUUUUUGUUUUUAAAAUUGCUGAAAAUCAGAGAUUUUUGUGAUAGUAGCAUCAUAUUUUAAUACUAUAGUUUACUGUUUUCUAAAUAAACUCUUCUUGGACAUCUCCAUUGUAUGAACACAUGUUCUAGUACAAGAAAAUACAGCCUAGCGUGUCUUGUGUGGCUAUCAGAACAUCUGGAAUUUUAUGGAAGUUUUACUGGAAUGAUUCCAGCGGGGCUAUUCUCUCUGUUCCAUAUAGGAAUUAAUGCAGCAGUCCUUUGAUUAAUUUAAAAAACUCAGCAAAGUUUAUCUUCCUUUUAACUUUCUUCAGCUAAAUAGGUAGAGGGAGCACUGUAGUAUUUUGUUCCUAAAGCACCCUAUAUUUAUGUAGCCAACCUUAAUUUUGUAAUUUAUUUUUAAUUUUAUUGGGCUAACAGUUGCUUUAGUAGGUUAUGACAACUUAAAUACUGCAAGAAGAAUUCCUAGUUCUUACCUUUCUCUCUUCAGRCGUGGUAAAAUUUCUCCUUUGGAGAUCAAUAGAAAAAUGUAGCUUGAUUAAUGAAACCAGUCAACUUGGAUUAUGUUGCCUACUGAAUUUCAGUUUCACUGGGCUUUGUGGGUGCCAGGGGCUCUGUGCCCUUUCUGUGCUUUUCAUGAAUGUUUGGUGUACUUUCCUAUGAACUGUGGAACAGUUUCACCCUGUCAGCUUGUGUAUUUUGUAGUAGUGUUUUUACA